GGUAGUCGGUACUCACAUUGGAUUGCGACAAGAAGUACGGCGCAACAGGCUGUUUGGGAGAGGACUAAGAUCGAAGCCUCGAUGACGUGUCAAUUUAUUAUGGUCUCAAACAUCCUUUUGCCAAUCUUCAAGCUGUCUCGGCAAUCGUUAAAAGUUUUGCGGCCUACUUUAGCCUAGCUUAGCUGGCCGCUAACAAAGGAACAAGGCGUCUCCAUCGACAAGCCAGCAGAAAUCAAGUGAGGAAAAUGUCCACGAGGACAUCGCCUGCAGCAAAGUUCCCGGAGGAAGUUUCUGGCGUAAAAGAGGAGCCUCCACGUCACGAACACUCGACUGUUUGCAAAAUGCAUCUAAAAGUUGUUCUGCACCGACUAGAAGAUGUCGCGUGACGAGUGUGGCAAUGCCCUUGCUGCAAACUGCUGCCUGCGCCUGAAGGAGGAGGCUAUUUCAAUGAACGAUGACUACCAGUUUGCAUAGUUAUCAGCCAAUCGGACAUUGUUGUCAUGGGAAUAAGAGCCCAUAAUGCAAGCGUUUCAGAAAAUAUCUUGGUCCUGAGCAACAGGAGUUGGAGAUGACUGGCGUUAAAGAGGAAGUAGAGCAUCUCCAGAUCAAAGAGGAGUCAGAGCCUCCUCAACAGCAAAAGAGUGAAGAACAACUUCCACCCAAAAAGGAGGAGGAAGAGCUGCCAUGCGUUAAAGAGGAGGAAGAUAUCCCCGGGUCGACUGGGUUAGGUGAACCCUUGAAGAAUGAAGAUGGUCUGAGUGAGGCCAACAGAACGGCGGAGCCUCCAAGCGGCAGCAACAGCUCAAUAGGAUUCCAGGCAGAUGAUUUCAUUGCUCCUCCAUCAGAUAGCAACAAUGUCAUGUCACACUUGCCUUACAAUGUUGAUGAGGAUGACGACGUUCAUAAGAAAGCUUACAGUGAUGACAAACUCAAAUGCCCUCUGUGUGGGAAAACCUUUGCUAAUAAGUAUACAUGUCGUACGCAUAUGAAGACCCACUCUAGUGGCUUUUCCUGCUCAGUUUGUGGUAAAAAAUUCACUCAGAAGAGAUGCUUAAAUAGUCACGAAAGAAGCCACCUUGGUGAAAAACCUUUUUCCUGCUCUGACUGUGGCCGAAGAUUUACAGAAAAAAAAGCUUUAAUAAUACACACAAGAACCCACACUGGUGAGAAACCUUUUUCCUGCUCAGCUUGUGGUCAAAGAUUCAAUGUUAGGGACAAUUUAAAAAGACACAUAAGACUCCACACUGGUGAGAAACCUUUUUCCUGCUCAAUUUGUGGGCAAGAGUUUACUUUAAGUCAAAAUUUUAAAAGACACACAAGAAUCCAUACUGGAGAAAAACCUUUUUCCUGUUCUGAAUGUGGCCAAAGUUUCAUCGAAAAGAAAUCUUUAAAUAUACACACAAGAAUCCACACUGGUGAGAAACCUUUUUCCUGCUCAGAUUGUGGUCGAAGAUUUAGUCACCGAAGCACUUUAAAAGUGCACAUUAGAAUCCACACUGGGGAGAAACCUUUUUCCUGCUCAGUUUGUGGUCAAAAAUUCAGAGUUAGGGAAAACUUUAAAAAACACAAAAGAAUUCACACUGCUGAGAAACCUUUCUCCUGCUCAGUUUGUGGUCAAAAAUUUACUCAGAAGGAUCAGGUUAAGAGACACGAGUGUUUGUUGGCGUGAGAAGCGUUGGCCAAUGACGGUUUUGCCUGUCAUCCAUGCUGGCUUCAUCGGUUUGUGCACGCAAAAAGAUGGUAUUCUGUGGACCUUCCUCAAAUCCUGUUGAAGGAUCACACUUUUGGCGCUUUAUAUGUCGUUCGUCCAAUCUUAGUUUGAUGUAGAAUUGAAUGGAAAGCUAUGGAAUUUAUAUUAUUUUGUUUCAGAUUCAAACUAUUUUUGAAUGCUCUUAUGAUAACAUGCAAACAUAGGUUAUUUUUCACUUAUGUAUACCCAAAAACUGUUAAAACGGGGGGGUUGACAAUACUUCGCGGUUUUUCCACUUUACAUGGUUGGUUUGGACCCCAUAAACAGUGAUAAUUGAGGGAUCACAGUAUAUAUAUAUAUGUACUAUAUAUAAUAUAAUAUAUAUAUAUGUACAUACACAUAUACACACAGUCUCUCAUUUCUGCAGAUAUUUAAGUAUAUCUGUUUAUGGGACAACACUGACAAAAUUGACACUUUGACACAAUGAAAAGUAGUCAGUGUGCAGCUGUAUUGGAAAAAACACCUGUAACAUUUUUAUGACCUUUUUAUGAUCUUGUAACCUUUUUUGUGACCCGAAUUGUUCCAUAUAUGUAUAACUAUACACAUAUAAACAUAACUGCGUCAUAAUUGCUUUUUAACUGCGCCAUAACUGCCUUUGAGAAAAGUAACUAAAUGUGUGCUCUAGGUGCACACAUUCUUUUGGACUGAUAAUGCAACUUCUUAUCAGGUUAUGCUCGCCUCUCUGACGGGAGUUUUAGCUCAUUGCUAUGGUAACCAAGAUAUAUGAUGCUACUCAGAAGUGCAACGAGUGAACCAAUUAUAUUUGGACACGAGACUAAUCUCCUUAAGAGGUUGGCCAACACAUGUCAAAUUUACCAUGUUUGGGCAGGCAAUGUGUCUCCUGAGGGCAGGGGUUGGCCCCCUCUGUUCUUACGUGGCAUAUGUCUAUAAGAGCGGACUUUUUCUGGGCCACACCUAGGGUCGGUCAGAGGAUUCACGCGUAGUCGCUCGGCCGGAGUUCCUUGAUCGCUCAAACCAGGAACGUUGUGUGGCCCUCCGUUCAUUGUCGACAGGUAAGAGCUUGAUUUCAUUAUCAUAGAGGAACUCGUUGCGCUUUGGUGCGGGGAUACUUUUAGCUUCGACAACUAAUUAUCUAGCGCCAAAGUUAUGUGUGUGGAUGUGUUUUUUAACUGCUUCGUAGGGUUUUUUUGACAAUUCAGACCUAGCGUUGUAGUUAUUCUAAGCUAUGUUUCUUAUUCUGAGUGAUGCUUGAUGUUGUUUUUGCUUGCUUUUGUGGGAUUGUAAUCAGUUAGACUCCAUUUAUUCAUUUAUUUGCAAUUUCUAAUCAAUAAACAUUGUCUAUUAAGCAAAAGUGUGCCUGUUGCUUACUCACUGCGAACCUUGAAAAUUUCGUAAAACAUUUUGGCGUCACGGACAGGAUAAUCGUAUUACUUGAUAAAUUGAUUAGAAUUGAUUGGAAUUGCUGUUUGAUAAAUUGAAUUAAGUAAUACUGGGAAUUUGUUGUUUGGUAAAUUGACUUGAGUAAUACUGGGAUUGUGUUGUUUUGGGAUUUACGUAGUACUCGAUAAAUUGAGUGAACAUUCCGGUACAUUUUUGGUUUAGCGUUAUCAGUAGCGCGGGAAGUGUCGUCGGCGCGCGGGUUCGCGGCCCAGCCAAGCCAGAGAGGUGGGAGUGAAUAGUAGGGCGACGCUGAAUGACUAUAAGACGUUCAUGGUGACAUUGAACGCUGUCGAACGCGUGAAACGGUAUAGCGCGGGGACCGGAAGGGACCGGAAAUUUCAAAGUAAUACUAAGUGAGACGUAACAGAAUAGCAAUGUUUAAGAAAUUGCGGAAGUGUAAUGUGACAGAAGCUGAGGAGUCGAUCGAUGGGGUGAUCGUAACUCCUGGUUGGGAAAAAGAACCGUGGAAUGGAAUUGCGUCGUGUUUGCGCGGAUGCGGUGAUCGUCCCGAUACGUGGAUUCGUUAGGGGAUUGUACUACACACGAUGUCAGAUGAAUAGGAAUUUCUGUGGAUCUGUGUUGACAGUUAGUUUGUCAUUGAGCUCAAAUUGUAUGUUUUUUAUGUUUGGUCUGGUGUGAGCCACUGGUAGAAUGUAUGGUGAUUUUGAUUUGUAUUUGAAAUUGUGCUGUCUUGUAUGAUAAGUCAUUGGGGAUGGUUGUUGUUGUGUGACUGAAUGUGAGGCUGCGUUGCGUCAUGAUUCUUUUUUGCGAGGCUCAUGUGUAAUAGUUGACCGUUUAUUGCGUGUGGAUAAUUGUAGUUAUUGUCGCGUGACUGAUUAUGAUUUUUUGCGUGGGAUCGUGUGUGAAUAGCUGACCAUUUAUUGCGUAAAUGGCUGACCGUUUAUUGCGCAGAUUGGAAAAAACGGGUUUUUCAACAUGAGGAGUGCGGCCCUUCGGUGGCAUCCGCUGGGUUUUUGCCCAAAUUGAUUAUGAGGGGAGGUUGUAAUUGCAGCUGGGAAUAUUCCAGCCCUUUCCUUAUAUUAUUUAGGAUAACAUCGAGAAACAAAUUGGGAAAACAGGUAAAACAAAAAUGAUUUUAACAUGGAAUUUCAUUAGAGAUGAGAAUAGAUUGUUGAGCUCAAUUGAAACUUAUGGAAUGUUAAAGAUAAUUAAUUAUCAACGAGCUCAUGGAUUUAAAAUGUGUUAAGACAUUUGAUUAACUGAUUAAUUGAAUAUGACUGAGGGUGGGAACAGCUCCAUGCCAGCAUCUGCUUGAUCAACAGAUGACGGUAUUCCAGUUCCCACCCAGAAGCUCAAAACAACAAGGAUUAUUGAUAGUGUUGACAAAUUAUGUUAAUGGGAACAGUGAUAAAGUGAUUAUUCACCUUGAUGCAUCUGUAACAGUUGAGGUGUGGUAUUGGCAACUUAAGGGUUAAUAAUGUACACUCACUGUCAUGAGUUGCUUUAUUGAUAACUUGAAUUUGACAUGAGUUGCUUUAUUGGUGAUUUGAAUUUAAAAUUUUUUCUUAAGGAAUUGAAGAUGCUAAAUAUUGUCUAGGCUUAUGGCUUUUGGAUCACAUGCUGAUUGAAUUUGGCUGUCUUUGUUCAGCUGUGACCUCAGUGGCUAAUAGACAAUUCUAGAUUUCGUCGUCACGUGGAAUAGUGGCCAAUUUUGUAAUGAGUGACCACGGCAAAAUUUAUAAUGUAUGUAAUUACAGUAAAUUACAAAAGACGGAACUGAACAAUUUGGAAAGGGAAGGGAUUUUGACUUUUCAAUGUUAGAAAGAAGGUGCUUUUUGUGCCAUUAAAACCCUUGGGUGUUAUUUGUCCAUUUUUUGGCUUUUUUUGUUUUUUUUUCUGUGUUUAAAAGGAAAAAAAGCAUAUGAAAAAAUACACUAGGGAGCUGAUAUUUCCUGCAGGAUACUAAAUCAUGUAGAAGUUCAAAAUGGCACCAUCCGGGAAUUUCUAACUCAGGGGUUUUCAACCCAGUCCUCAAGGCACACUGUGGGUCCUGGUUUUUGUUCCAGCCGAUCCAGCAGAGACAGUUGAACCAAUGAGGCUUCUGCUAAAACAAGCCACACCUGACUGCAAUCAACUGAUUGCACUUGUAAAACACCAGAUUGGGGAAAAAGUGUUGUCAUCUUGUUUGGUAAGAAUGAAAUCCUGCACCCACAGUGUGCCUUAGUGGAAUAGGUUGGGAACCCCUGUUCUAACUUAUUGCAAACAGGCUGGGAAGAUUUGCACUAAACUCUUGUUAUUUUGCCAUUUUUUGGCUCAUUGACUCCCAUUAUAAAUCAUGAUUUUUGAUAUGCUGUAAACCUGAUGUGUUAUAAUGCAUUUUCCGUGAUUAUUGAUGCAAUCGCUUCUUUGGCGAGUCAAAAACAUGCAAAAAGAGGAAUUUGUGUGUUGUCACCCAAAAGUCACUAGUUGGAGCCAUAGGCCAAUACAUGAAUUUGCUUGCAAAACUCAAUACAGAUUAGUAAAAAAUUAAUGCGAUAAAAACGGUUGGCAUUACAAAAAAAUGGGUGUUUAUGUGUCUGAGCUCACUUUCAGUCUAUUUGGGCAUGCAUAUUUGCAAUUUUGCACGUGUGCACGAGACAAUAAACCGGUACUUCCCGGAAAUGGAAAAAAACCAAAACAAAAAAACACGUGUUUAUUGUUGUCGUUUGAACUUCAACUCUUAUUGGUUGGGUGUUUGAAUUUCUUUACUCUCAUUGGUUCUGGGCAUGGGAUCACCAUUUUGCAUUUCUUCCAACACAACUGUGCUCGAUGGCGGCGAGAAGUAUUUCACUGCAGAACACGAUUCGGAUGGUGUUAGAAAAUCCUGAUUCCGACGACGACCUUCGUUCGGACGCUUCUUCGGCGAGCCCAGAAGACAUUGAAGAAAUUCUUCCGGACUUUCGAUGCCGGAGGAGGACGACUUUGAUGACGAGAAAUGGGAAAUGGUUGACAACAUAAUGACGGAGAUGAAAGCGGGGAGCAGAAGGCGGGGGCACGGACAUGACCACGUUGAGGCGCAUGACGAAAUGACGGCGAUCGAGGCAAUGACGAAAGUGAGUAAGCACAUGUUUUGCAUAUCAAGGUUUGUCUUGUAAAAGCUGAUCAAAGUUCAAAGCUGUUAUUGUUGUGCGUGCUUGUGAUUUGCAGGCCUGUGCCACAUACUCCUGCCGCCGGCGCGCACUCAGGUGGCCAAUGUGUGAGUUUUUUCACAUGCUGGACUUUUCGUUCUUCAGCGCAUUUGUGCUGUUCACGGAGAUCUACCCUGAGUGGAACGUGAAGAAAAGCUACAAGCGCCGACUAUUUCUUGAGGAACUUGGCAAGGCUCUAAUUCGGCCAGAAGUUCUAAAACGGGAACCACCGCCUUUUGCCGAAGGCUUGGGAGAGCAGCGAGCUGGACCCCCGUCCAAGCGCAAACAAUGUGGCCUUUGCAGAAAGCCACUUUGGGCUUCGAACAUAAUAAUAAAUAAUAAUACAUUUUAUUUAUAACGCACUUUACAUUUAAAAAACAAAUCUCAAAGUGCACAUCAUGAAUUCUGUAUAUUGUUAUUAUGUUAACUGUUAUAUUGUAUAUAUGUUUUGUAAAAUUGUUAACAUAAAUUCUAUCAUCAAAUCAGUUGUUGUCACUUUGUCACAGUCUUGUUCUUAAAAAAUCUAUUGUUACGACUUUUACUUAUCCAAUGAUGUAAUUAUGUAAUAUAAAAUACUUUAGUUUGAUUUAUGUAUACCCUAUAUAGCAUAGUUAGUUUUGCUAUUAGGAUAAUGCUGCUAUUAUUGUCCAUAGGAGGCAAAAAAAAAAAAACUUAUGUGUAGAUAGGUCUGAUGCCACUGAAUAUUGUGAGUGGUUGAAAGUGAAAAAAUAUUCAGAAAUGACUUAGUUAUCACACUUCAAAGGAAAAGCCAUUUUUUGGACAAAAUCACAAGGGUUUAGAGUAAAUGAGAAAACUGCAAUUGUGUAAAAACUGGGCAUGCAUAAAAAAAUUGGUUGUUAAGACUUGUGGACUUAUUCAAGCCUCUAACUAUGUCAUAUGGAAUAUUCAAAUUAGACUUUUGUUUUUUAUAUAUAUACAGCAUAGUUACUUUUGCUAUUAGGAUAAUGCUGCUAUUAUUGUCCAUAGGGGGCAUUAAAAAAUAAAAAAUAUUAAUAAAAAAAAAAAUAUACGUGUAGAUAGGUCUGAUGCCACUGAACAUUUUGAGUGGUUGAAAGUGAAAAAAUAUUCAGAAAUGACUAAGUUAUCACAUUUCAAAGGAAAAGCCAUUUUUUGGACAAAAUCACAAGAGUUUAGAGUAAAUGAGAAAACUGCAAAUGUGUAAAAACUGGGCAUGCAUAAAAAAUUUGGUUGUUACGACUUGUGGACUUAUUCAAGCCUCUAACUAUGUCAUAUGGAAUAUUCAAAUUAGACUUUAGUUUUUUAUAUAUAUACAGCAUAGUUACUUUUGCUGUUAGGAUAAUGCUGCUAUUAUUGUCCAUAGGGGGCAUUAAGAAAUAAAAAAAUAUAAAAAACUAUAUAUGUGUAGAUAGGUCUGAUGCCACUGAACAUUUUGAGUGGUUGAAAGUGAAAAAAUAUUCAGAAAUGACUUAGUUAUCACAUUUCAAAGGAAAAGCCAUUUUUUGGACAAAAUCACAAGAGUUUAGUGUAAAUGAGAAAACUGCAAAUGUGUAAAAACUGGGCAUGCAUAAAAAAAUCGGUUGUUAUGCCUUAAGGACUUAUUCAAGCCUCUAACUAUGUGAUAUGUAAUAUUCAAAUUAGACUUUUGUUUUUUAUAUAUAUACAGCAUCAUUAGUUUUGCUAUUCGGAUAAUGCUACUAUUAUAGUCCAUAGGGGGCAUUAAAAAAAUAAAAAAAAAAUAAAAAACUAUAUAUGUGUAGAUAGGUCUGAUGCCACUGAACAUUUUGAGUGGUUGAAAGUGAAAAAAAAUCAGAAAUGACUUGGUUAUCACAUUUCAAAGGAAAAGCCAUUUUUUGGACAAAAUCACAAGAGUUUAGUGUAAAUGAGAAAACUGCAAAUGUGUAAAAACUGGGCAUGCAUAAAAAAAUCGGUUGUUAUGACUUAAAGACUUAUUCAAGCCUCUAACUAUGUGAUAUAUAAUAUUCAAAUUAGACUUUUGUUUUUUAUAUAUAUACAGCGUAAUUAGUUUUGCUAUUCGGAUAAUGCUACUAUUAUUGUCCAUAGGGGGCAUUGAAAAAUUAAAAAAAAAAACUUUAUAUGUGUAGAUAGGUCUGAUGGCACUGAACAUUUUGAGUGGUUGAAAGUGAAAAAAUAUUCAGAAAUGACUAAGUUAUCACACUUCAAAGGAAAAGCCAUUUUUUGGACAAAAUCACAAGACUUUAGUCAAAAUAAAAUAACGCCCAAGUUAAAGGGUACAUUUAGCCAGGGAAUGUGAGUGGAAGACAUACAGGACAACUUAUAAGAUUGCAGAAACCGCCGAGUUACCUGUUCGAGCUACUCCGGGUUCGGCUGGUCUUGAUUUACGACUCAUAUGUCCCAAGGGACACUACGGGUACAUUUUACCUAGAUCUGGAUUGUCACUUAAAGGGGUAACUAUACUUGCAGGGGUUAUUGAUGCUGAUUAUCAAGGCGAAUUGGGGGUUGUAAUGUACAAUCUGACUUCAGAACCGUUCAUUGUGAAAUCUGGCGAUUAACUAAGUUGUAAAAUCAUGCAUUUUUUGCUGAAAUAAUAGCACAGGUGAAAGACCAGGUGGUUACUGUGUUAUAUUCUGGGGAAACUAAAUGGGUUAAUGUUCCGAUACAAAAAUGUUAUUUACGGGAAAAUUGAUACAAAAAUGUGUCUGGUCCGAAGCGUUUGAAAUCUCUUCUGCUUCUUCUAGCCUGACGAUUGAUAAUGUGAUGUGGAGGCGGUUUAUUGGGUCAUCUGCUGGGAGAUCGCUACGGCUCUGCAUGGUGGAUGACGCUCGGGGAGUCCGGUGUCCAAGGGAAGUCGUCCCUGCUCCUGCACACCAGGAGUCGACAAUGCAGGAAGGGUUCGCAGAGCUCCCAUGGUGGCUGCAGGAUGCCUCAUCACGGUCACGUCUGAAACACCUGUCUGUCUGUGGCAUCUCGACAACAAAACGUGCCACUCACGCAAUGGCACUGAGUGGAUGACCGAGGUCACGUCUGACCUAUGGAUCUCGAACAGCACGGAAGUUCAAGGGAUCGGAUGGGUUCUAUGGCCCAUAUUUGCUGCUCCUGUUCCUUUGGAUCCCCCUUCUGGCCCCUUUGCCCCCUCGUUUGCCCCUUUUGUCCCCAGAUACACCAGCUUGGCCCCGAUUUUGCCCUCUUGCACGUAUCUUGCUUUGGAGAAAACGCACACGGAGAUUCACUGGAUCGUCUUGUUUCCCCCUUUCCCCACAUGUGCCGCACGGAAACAGCGUGCAUGGUACGACACCCUUCUGGGUGGAACCGGAACCGUGUUAGGCAUCUCUAACACGAUUGAUGGAGAAGUCACCAGAACUAUGUUGUCCAACACCGGAAGUGACAUUGCGCACGGUCUCUCGACCGUAGGGCUUUGGUUGCCCACAUCUAUCGUGCCUCAUGAAGAAGCAGCGUCUUUAUUCUUAGCACAAUUGUCAUGGGAUAAAGGGAUGUGGGAUGAGACACGCGAAGUAUUAACUAAUAUUUCUAAUGCAUUGAAUAUGACUGUGUGUAAUUUACAGGUACUUAACAUGAAAUUACAGCAAGAAAGGUUCCUAAGGGUGGUAACAUCAGCCUCAGUAGAUCAAUGGCGUAAGGUGUGGAACAUCUCCACUGAGUCUUGGGUAAAGGUAUAUCCUGAGAAAACAAUAUGUAAUGAAACUGUGUCAAGGAAUGUGGUUGCAAAUGACUGUGACUAAACCCUUAUUAGUUUGCAGAUAUCAUGUUUUGCCUGUAAUUACAACUAAAGCUUAUUAUUUUGUGAGACCUCAAGGGGAAUGGUUUAGCCCACAAAUCAAUCUUACUUAUGACUUAAGCGGAUGCGACACAUCGGAUAAAGGUAUUGCAUGUAUGAAACAAGUAAUGUAUCAAGAAGCAUGUUUUAACGCGACACAGGCAUUGUGUGAUUGGUAUGUAGAAAGACCUCAUGACUUGCUAUAGACCCUACCCACGUGACGUCACAACUCCGCUCUCCUGAAUGGUACCGCCCAAUUGUCCGUCAAAACAUAGUGUUAACCUGUUACGGCUACGUACAUUCCUCCUAUUUACGGCGUGUUUUUCUGCUCCUUAACAUUAAUAAUCAAAAUGGUGAAGGCGUGUGUGGCUGUUGGUUGCACUAACAGAGAAGAUGGAAGGAGAGACUUGAAGUUUUACCGUAUUCCGAGGGAUCCAAAGAGGAGAGCGAAAUGGACGGCUGCAAUUCGACGUGAAAAGUGGGCACCAAAAAAUCACCACAGACUAUGUAGUAGUCAUUUUAUAUCCGGUAAGAUGCAUUUAAGUUAUACUUAGAGUGUUUUGGGCUGACAAAUAACCACAAUUAAGAUCAUUGCUAGGCUAAUCACCGACAACAUACACGUAUGUAUGUAGUGAGAGUGCUAUCGCUAAACCAUAUAAACAUUAAAAGCCUUAACUCCAUUGACAAACGACAUGAAAUACAUUAGACUUGACAGUGGAUGUUAGCAAUAAGAAAAGAUUUUGAAUUGAAAAUUUCGUAACUCACCUUUCCAAGCACAAGAUAGAUUCCUGCCGAAUUUUCGUGGACGAGGACCUGUUUCACCCAACCAGCAACGAAGUAUUUAUAAGCCUCCAAGCUCUUGAAGUUUUUCAAAUUUUCGUGAGAAUAGGCUGAUUUUGUGUGGACAAGAUAAUUGUAAAUAUCAGCGUAGCAGAUGUCAGGCAGACGGGGCGAAGACAGUGGGUCGAAAAACAUCGAUUUGGGCAUCAAAUAUGGAUCUGGCGACUGUAUAGAACGAAGCUUUUCCACAUAACGCCUUUUAUGCAACACAUCCAGUGAGUUUACGGCAUCAGAAAGCACCGGGUGUUCCAUGAAAUGCAUUUUAAAUUCCUCGAUCAAUUGAAACCAAUGCUAAUACAGAGACAAAAUGACGGACAAGUGGGCGGAACCAUACAGCGAGCACGUGGUUUUGUGACGUCGGUGGGUAGGGUUUAUAUCAGAUAGGACCCCACUCUAUUUGUGUAGCUACUAUGAAACCACACCCACAGUUGCCUAAAACACCGUUUUCGGGUUGUCUUGACAAUGUGGAGUUUUUCAUUUGGAAUAAUCAGACCUUCAAGCUAACUAAUUUUACCUGGAGCCAGCGCUUAACGCCGGCACAGUGGGAGGCAUUACGUCUUCCUUGGAAAGUGACGCUGGAGCGCUUUAGCAGCGCACUAAACCGUUCCACGUUGCUUCAAAAGAUGAUUGAGGAACACAGGUCUAACGUUUCCAAGCUUAAAGUGUCCACAUUGAUAGCUCAAAAUGAAGUGGUACAUGCAGCCAAGGAAAUUGAGCAGGAGUCUGCUCAUCAUUGGUGGGAUAUAUUUACUGGGAUGUCUAUGACAGCAAGACAAUAUUUUGUACCUCCGAUGUUUAUAUUAAUCAUUGUAUUAAGUAUACUCACUGCUUUGAAUGUAUGUGUUUUUUGCUAUGUCCGAAAGGUAAAACGGUCGUUAACUAAUAAAAUGUAUACUUUAGCCCAUCAAUGAGAAUAACAGUUCAAACAACAAAUUCUUGGUACAAUCGGUACGUAUGUGAAUUGACUUUGCACCCAGAAGAGCCAGGACAUGUUUUUGAGUAUACUCGAAGUAUAGGGUGUGGAUAUACUCGUCGUGAAACACGUUUUGAUAACACGCAUUGAAAUGUUGACCGGUGUGGUGCAUUGCGAUCACCAUUGGUUUCAGUAUGCCCAUUUUUACGAUGUGCCAUGGUUUCAAUGGAUAUUUGAUAAUUGGGAACAAUAUAUUGAAGGAUUAAUUAAUUAAGGGGUUAAUGAUGGACCCAAUCCGGGUCAAAGGGUGGAAUGUAUUGGAAAAAACACCUGUAACAUUUUUAUGACCUUUUUAUGAUCUUGUAACCUUUUUUGUGACCCGAAUUGUUCCAUAUAUGUAUAACAAUACACAUAUAAACAUAACUGUGUCAUAAUUGCUUUUUAACUGCGCCAUAACUGCCUUUGAGAAAAGUAACUAAAUGUGUGCUCUAGGUGCACACAUUCUUUUGGACUGAUAAUGCAACUUCUUAUCAGGUUAUGCUCGCCUCUCUGACGGGAGUUUUAGCUCAUUGCUAUGGUAACCAAGAUAUAUGAUGCUACUCAGAAGUGCAACGAGUGAACCAAUUAUAUUUGGACACGAGACUAAUCUCCUUAAGAGGUUGGCCAAAACAUGUCAAAUUUACCAUGUUUGGGCAGGCAAUGUGUCUCCUGAGGGCAGGGGUUGGCCCCCUCUGUUCUUACGUGGCAUAUGCCUAUAAGAGCGGACUUUUUCUGGGCCACACCUAGGGUCGGUCAGAGGAUUCACGCGUAGUCGCUCGGCCGGAGUUCCUUGAUCGCUCAAACCAGUAACGUUGUGUGGCCCUCCGUUCAUUGUCGACAGGUAAGAGCUUGAUUUCAUUAUCAUAGAGGAACUCGUUGCGCUUUGGUGCGGGGAUAUUUUUAGCUUCGACAACUAAUUAUCUAGCGCCAAAGUUAUGUGUGUGGAUGUGUUUUUUAACUGCUUCGUAGGGGUUUUUGACAAUUCAGAACUAGCGUUGUAGUUAUUCUGAGCUAUGUUUGUUAUUCUGAGUGAUGCUUGAUGUUGUUUUUGCUUGCUUUUGUGGGAUUGUAAUCAAUUAGACUCCAUUUAUUCAUUUAUUUGCAAUUUCUAAUCAAUAAACAUUGUCU